CAACGGUCGUUCAUCAUUGUGAUUUAGAUCCUGUACUUCAUCAGUUCACUUGCAAGCCUCCUGUCAACCACCAACAUGUUCAAAUACGUCUUUUUCGCCGCUUUCCUGGCUCUCGGCGCAGCUAAGCCCCUGGUGUACGAGUACCCAGUAGCGGCAGCGUACACUGCCCCCGUGGCCGCUUACACCGCUCCCGUCUACUCGGCCUACAGCAGCGCGUACACUGCUCCCUACUACUCUGCCUACACUUACGCUUCUCCUUAUUCUGCUUACUACUUCCGUUGAUGUGAAGUGAAAAUACGGCUAUGUGUCCCUGAAAUCAAUGUUUGAUACUUGUAAGAGUAAUUUUAAAUGGAAUAUUUAUUUAAUCAUUAUCAAAGAAUAAACUUUUUGAAAGCA